AUGUCAGCGCAUGAACAUGUUCGGAAGCUGCUAGAUCAACUAAUGGGUACUAGUAGAGAUGGUGAGAAUAAAGAGACGUUAACCUUUACUGACCCAAGAGUGUGCAGAGCUUUUUUGACUGGCUUGUGUCCUCAUGACUUGUUUACAAAUACGAAAAUGGAUAUUGGAGAGUGUUCGAAAGUUCACAGCUUGGCUUUGAGAGCAGAUUACGAGAAAGCGGCUGUCUCAGGAAAUUAUGAAUUCGAAGUUGAUGCGUUGGAACAAUUAUUGUAUUUUAUCAAGGAUUGUGACAGAAAGAUUCAAAUAGCUAAAAGGCGCCUAGCCGAAACACAGACCGAUCUGGCUAGUAAUGUCAAGCCGCAGUCGUUAAUAAAACUUGAAGGCGAAAUAAAUGAAAAAUUGAAAACAGUGGAAUCAUUGGGGGCCGAAGGAAAGAUAGAAGAAUCUAUGGCCGUACUUGCAGAAAUUGAAAUUAUUAAGCAGGAUGCCAGAAAAGAAGAGGAAGCCUGGUUAUCAACCUUACCGUCAUCAGCUAUGCAGCAACAAAAGUUGCGAGUUUGUGAAGUGUGUGCUGCAUAUUUAGGAUUGUAUGAUAAUGACCAAAGACUAGCUGAUCACUUUGGAGGCAAGCUACAUAUGGGUUUCAUAAGAGUUCGUCAACGGUUAAAAGAAUUACAGGUUAAUAAAUUAACAUGA